AUGGGAUCGAAGCGCGUUCGACAAGCCUGCACGGUUUGUCGAGACCGCAAGGUCAGAUGCGAUAGGGUCCAACCGAGCUGCGGGCGAUGCCUACGCCUUCACGAGAGAUGCAGCUAUGAUACUUCAUCUGGACCUACGGAUCUUUCACGUCAAGUUCGAGAGCUUCAGGCUCGCCUAGAAAGGGCAGAAGAAAGAUUAUCAGCAAGCAGGCUGGGUAGCCUGGAGACUGGAAAUCCUUUGCCGGGAUCAGGGGUCCCACCCUUAAUGCCCCUGACGGAGAAUAUUGACCUCCUACCUUUUGUACCUUUGGCCGACAUCAACUUCGAUGCUCAGCUGCAGCCUCCUGCCCCGACGGGUUUUCUCGACCUUUUUGCACAGCCUAACACAGAGAGCCUUUCUCAAGAUGCAUCAUCAGUGAAUAUUGGCCAAAGUCAGUUCGAUUUGAUGCGCGAUGCUGAGACUGCAGCGGCCAUGUCUGAACUGCAAUUCCCGGUGGGAUCUCUGCCACUCAAUUCAGAGCAAAUGAAAGAUGGUACGACGACUGACAAUGGAAAACAUGGGGCGUUCGGGCCAGGACCCCUUGAGAAGGAAUGGACCGUUUUACAUCGCCUCUUCUUCGAGUUCGUCUAUCACUCGCUCCCAAUUCUCCAUCAAGAUCGGUUCUUCGAAGAAAUGGCUAUGCAACCUCAUCCCCGCCCACUACUCGCCUUGGGCUAUGCAGUAGCCCUUGUGAGUGCAGCCAUCUCACCACUCCAUCAACAUCUGCAGAAGAAAUAUUAUGGCAUGGCGAGAAAGCUGCUGGAGGAAUGUGAAAUGGAAGGGGAUGGAGCAGAAUUUGCCAACCUCAACAUCUUCCAAGCCUUGCUCUUCUUGCUGAGAUAUGAGAUCAUGGCAAGUCAGAUCACUAGAGCUUGGAUGACACUCGGCCGAGCAAUUAGACUUGCAAGCGUGCUCAAUCUUCAAAAGAUGGAUACUCGAGUUGCGGGUAGAAUCGUGCCAGGUCUUCAUGUGAAACUGCCCCCAACGGAAGAUCUCGUGUUGCUCGAAGAGCGAAGGCGUUCGUUUUGGUGUCUUUUCAUACUUGAAACUUAUGUCAAGACCCGAUCUGGAAUGCCUUGCCAGCUUGGACAUGCAGCGUCGUUUGAUGUCAACCUACCCUCACCUGGGCUGCUCAAUCGGAGGUUAACACCAACCGACAUGCCAUUUCUCCGAGAUGUCACUAAGAGCAACGAGGAACUCUCCUCGUACGCUGCCUGUGUCGUCAUGGUAGAUCUCGCGAUUCAAGCAUAUGAACACGCAGAAUUAUCGCAAUCGCAAACUCAGGGGUACUGGGAUCGCCACUUCGCCAUGGCGAGACUGACUCAAGAAUGCUCCGCAAAGAUGGGAAACCAUCUAAGUAAAGAGGCUGCGGUUGGUGACCCUAUUUCUCUGUCGAAUCAACUCAACUUGGGCGCCAUCAAGAUUAUGCUGCACGAAACCGCUAUCAGCAAGGGGCGUGUAGAUGACCUCUCGCCCUCAGUGGUUGCAGAGAAUGAACGAUGUUGCCAGGUUACAGCUCAGACAAUAGCCGACACAGUUCGAGUUGUGUGGGAGAGCCAGACCCCAGAGAGAAACCUUUUUACCCUCCAAGCGACUUUUACUGCUUGGCCAAUAGCAAAGGCGAUCAGCAGUCUUGUCAGAGACAUGGCAGAUUCGUGUAACCUUCCGUCGGUUCAACGAAUGAAUAACCUGAAACUACUGUGCUCCGUACUUGACUACGUGGAGAGAGAAGGAGGCUAUUGGCACAUCCUGAUAGUUGAUGCUCUGGCUCAAGUGAGGGAAUGGGAUGAGGGGCUGGAAUCUUCAGCGUAG